UUUAUUCUGAAUUGAUCAUGGUAAAAUGCUGUUGUAUGUUUUGGCUGAUGUGUUUUGCUCUCUGUGCCUGCUGUCACCUGCUGUGGAAUGUGUUAUUUGACAGCAGUCAGACAGGGGGUCCUUAAUGUAGGACAUUUCUAAAAACUAAUGAGAAGUUUUGGGUUUUAUAACAGACUGUGUCUAUUAUGUAAGCCACAGAAUUAGUUUUAUGUUUGCACAUACUUGAUUUACAGUGAGCCCUCAAUGUAAAAUGUAUCUUGGAUAAACUGUAAUAUAUGUAAAAUGCCUUUUAGAAGUAUUCAUGCUUUAUAAACCUUUGACUAUUUUUUUUUGGAAGGAGUUUAUGAUAAAUCAACACAAAGUGAUGCACAGUUGUGAACUAAAAGUGAAACAAUAUAUAUUGGGUUUUUUUGUUCCUGUCUUUUUUGUUUUUUAGAUUUUUAUUUUAAAAUAAAAGUGUGGCAAGUCCUCUUGUUAAUAGAAAAUACAGCUGAAAGUCUUUUGGACAUCUUUGAAUAGACAAAUUUUAACCAUUCUAUCAAAAAUGGCUAAGGGUCAGUCAAACUGGAUGGAGAGAGUUGCUGAACAUUCAUUUUCAAGUCUUGCCUCAGAAAGAUUUCAAUUGAAAUAUAGGCAAUAAAAAGAGUUUCCAUCUGUUUUCAUCUGAUCAGAGCUCCUUUUUACACGUCUUUGCUGUACAUGACCUCAUAUGACUUUUUUUCCAACAGCUGCUUUCUUGUUGCCACCUCUCCAAAAGUACAAAAUCUGUAAUAGCUGUCCUGUCAUCAGAGUUUUGGAUCUCUGCAGCUCAUCCUGAGUUAAUAUGGAUGACUUCUGAAGGCAAUUGGUCUGGACUUUGUUUGAGGAUAUCAGAGUAAAGGAGGUAUCGUGACCUCUUUAUAGACCUUGAGCAGAAAACCAAUAUCCCAAGAUGCAGUGGUGCAAGUGGGCUGGAAGCUGGAGGUCACAUUUGCCAAGACAGUCUGCCGAAUCAGACGUUGAAGACUCCUUUGACUUUCUUUUUAAAAUCAUCCUGGUCGGGGACUCAGAUGUUGGAAAGACCUGCAUGGUGCAGAGGUUCAAGUCGGGUUUAUUCAUUGAGAAGCAACAGAACACCAUUGGGGUUGACUUCACCGUUCGAACACUGGACAUUGAUGGAAAAAAGGUGAAGAUGCAGGUGUGGGACACAGCCGGACAGGAGCGUUUCCGCACCAUAACACAGAGCUACUACCGCAGUGCACAUGGAGCCAUGGUGGCCUACGACAUCAGCCGCCGCAGCACAUUUGAAUCUGUUCCCCACUGGAUCAGGGAGGUGGAGCAGUACGGAGCAGCCAGCGUGGUAGUGAUACUUGUUGGUAACAAGUCGGACCUCCAUGCUCAGAGACAGGUGCUGUUUGAAGACGCGUGCACUCUGGCUGAAAAGAACAGCCUGCUGGCUGCUCUGGAGACGUCGGCAAAGGAGGCCCAGAACAUAGAGGCUGCCUUCAUCCUCAUGGCUCGGGAGCUGCUGGCACGCAACGGCAUGACCAUCACAGAUCAGAACUCUCAUUGCUCUCCCCAGUUCAUGCUGAGUGACUGCUCUCACCCAAUUCAAGCCUCUGUUUCUGACGAUAAAAAGUGCGGCUGCUGAACAACCUGAGUCAGAUUUAGCAUUUGAUACAAAUUUGAAGAUGGCCUAAUGGAUUGGUUGUUCAACCAGGAAAGAACCUUCUUUAAAGACAAUGUUUAGAUGUUUGGUUUAGGUUGUGAGACAAAGAUUUUAUACAUUUUCUUGUCAUAGUAUUUAUGAAUAUUAUUGGGAUCUUUAACAGGUUUGUAAUAUUCUUCUGGGGAGUUUUGACAAUAAGUCACGCCUUUGCCAGAGGACUUUGUACUAAGACCUCUACACAGUAAACACAAUUUUCACUCUACAUUUAGCUUCCUUUAUCUUUUUAAUUGCUCCUUUACAAAAUAUUGCUUUUACAGUACACUACAAAGUACCAGUCUGCAAGUUUCCAUCACUUUUAAAUCUUCAUUACAGAACAGGUGCA